GUAGAUUCUAAUGUCCCCCCAAAGCAGACUGUGAAGGCCAGUGCUUUGGGGAAAGCUGGAAUCAAAACCAAGAACUUCGUUCAGAAAAAUAGCAUGGACAAAAAGAAUGAGAAGUCCUAUGAAAAUAAACUUAGAGAAGGCCAGUCCUCGGACAAGCCAGAGGGAGUGUCUAUUCCAAACGGCGUGGUAACCAAUAAUUCCAGCUAUAUCACCAAUGGCUACGUAGGCAAAGGGGCCGAUAACGAUGGUAGUGGCUCCGAGAGUGGAUAUACUACGCCUAAAAAACGGAAAGGCAGGCGCAACAGUGCCAAGGGUUGUGAGAACCUGAAUCUAGUACAGGACAAAAUAAUGCAGCAGGAGGUCAGUGCACCAACCUUGAAACAGGAACUUGAGAGUUUCAAGCCUGAUUAUAGUGAACAAAAGGGGAACCGAAUUGAAAAUCCUAAGCCUGUUUGGAAGUACGAGGCUGGGGCUGGUGGAGCAGGCCGGGGAAAGCCUGGGCUUGGGGAUGUACCCCGGAAAAACUCUGAUGCCAAACCUGGGAUUAGCAGCAAGAAGUUUGAUGACCGGCCCAAAGGGAAGCACGCAUCGUCGGCUACGUCUAAAGAGGACUCAUGGACCUUAUUUAAACCACCCCCAGUUUUUCCAGUGGACAAUAGCAGUGCUAAAAUUGUUCCCAAAAUUAGUUAUGCAAGUAAAGUUAAAGAAAACCUCAACAAAGCAGCUCAAACCCCAUCCACUUCGUCGUCUUUGUCAUCUUCGUCAUCUGCCGGGGAAGCUCAGGCCCAAACAUCGAGUCGACUGUCCCAGGUCCCCAUGUCUGCUAUGAAAUCUGUCACCUCUGCCAGCUUCUCCAAUGGGCCGAUCCUCGCCGGGACCGAUGGAAGUGUGUAUUCCCCAGGGACCCAGCCACUGCUCUCAACUGCUGCUAGUACUGUACCAUCGACCUCCUCCGAGUCAGUAGCCCAGGACAUGAGUACAACUUCGACAGCUCUAGAACAAAAGAAAUCUGGCCUUUUUAUCUACCCUUCAAAUAUGCAAACUGUGCUCCUGGGUGCAGCGCAAGUCGAUUUCCCUUCGCAGACGAAUCAGCAGAACCUGGGCGAUAUCUUCCAGAAUCAGUGGGGCUUGUCUUUCAUAAACGAGCCCAGCGCUGGACCCGAAACUGUUGUGGGGAAAUCUGCCGAUAAUCAGUUAAUGGAAGUGACAUUUCAAGGGGAAUAUCCUGCCACUUUGGUUUCACAGUGUGCUGAAAUCACUCCCUCAGGAACUGAACAACCUGUGUUUCCUAAGGCUUAUGAGCUGGAUAAACGGACUAGCCCUCAAAUUCUUAGUGCUAUUCUUAAGCCUGGGACUGCUGUUGAGGGUGGUGUCUUAGCUUUGGAGUCGCAUCACACAGGUGACCUACAAAAGGCAGACACCGGUAGCCAAGGUGCUUUAGUGUUUCUUUCAAAGGACUAUGAAGUAGAGAAUCCUCUGGCCUCUCCUACGAACAAUUUGCUAUCCUCCGCCAAAGAACAGAGGUACCAGAGAGGCCUAGAAAGGAAAGAUAGCUGGGGUUCUUUUGACCUGAGGGCUGCUAUUCUAUAUCACACUAAAGAAAUGGAAGCGGUUUGGAAUUUGCAGAAGCAAGAUCCCAAAAGGAUAAUCACUUAUGAUGAAGCCAUGGAUCGCCCGGAUCAAUGAAGAGAAUUAUAAGCCGCAUGUUUUGCCAGGAGUAAAGCAGCAAUCCUAUGUGGGGGAUAUUGUCUAAAACGGCUCGUUCUGCUGAGGGAAAGAUGGUAAUACUGCAGUUCUAGGAUGCAUGGUGAAGUCACACAGUUGACCUGGCUCCUGUUACACAUUGGACUAUUGCAGCUGAAGAGUUAUUUCAUUUUAAAAGACAACGUGGAAAAAUAAGCAAUCUGUUUAGGCAUUUAAUAUGGGAAAAAAAAACCAACAAAAACCCCUACUGUUCCCACAGUUUAAUGCCAUUGUAUUACUGGGAGCAAGAAAAAAAAAAAAAGACAAAAAAAAAGUAUCUUCUGCUUUCAACUGUAGGUGCUUCAUAUUUGCUCUGUCUGUCUCCUAACACUAAAUGUGCUGGAUUUUUUUCCCAUUUUCAAUGGAAAACUGAAGAGGAAUUGAGUUCUGCUAACUUUCAUCCUUCUUGAAUUAUUUUUUCUCUUAAAAAAAAAAAAAAAUUAAAAAUAACAAAAAAAAGAAAAAAGUUUAAAAAAAGAAAAAAAAAAGAAAAAAAAAAAGAAAAAUGGGAAUUUGAAUCCUUUUCAAUUUGUCCAUAGAACGCCAAUGGCUGGGCUUCCUGCCCCUUGGAAAUGCUCUUUUAUAUUUUAAUGCAGUCUGUGUAUUUCCGGGCUCUGCUUCUAAUUAUCUCUUAAUAAAAAUAUAUUUUAUUACAAAAAAAUGGAGGACUUAGGAAUGAAAAUAAUAAUUUAAAAAAUAAUUAAAAAAAAAAUCCCAGGGAAAGGAAGGCUUCCUAGCAGUGGUAGGGAAGGCUGAGCAGAGUGCAGGCUCCAGCUGUGUAACCCACUCUGUCCCAUUGCAGCUUGUGUCGAGUGUCCAAAUCAUCUGGGGGUUGGGUAGUUUUUCUGGGUUUUUUUUAAAAGAUGGAACGGUCACAGGGUCCAGUGCAAGAGUGAGAAGUGAAUAAAGCAGAAAUGGGUUUGCUGACCAGCCCCAGCUCCACACAUGCCCAAUGCUCAUUGUGGGUGUCUGUGGCCAAAUCCUGGCUCCUGGUUAUCAAGGUCAGCAACACUUGGUGUGUCCUAAAAUUAGUCUGGACCCUGUGGGGCAUUACAGGAAGCAGAUAAACCCAAAACUUUUGCAUACCCCUUGUGCUUAGAUUUAUCCAUCAGGCUGGUGUCUGGUCACUAGUGGGGUUCCACAGGGCUCCAUCCUUGGCCCAGCUCUCUCCAAAGUCUUCAUUAACAACCUGGACACAGGACUCGAAGGGAUACUAAGUGAGUUUGCUGACCACAGUAAGGUGGGAGGAUCUGUCACCUCUCCAGGGCACAGAGGUCCUGCAGAGAGACCUGGAUAAAUCAGAGAGAUGGGCAGUCACCAACUAUAUGGAGUUUAGCAAGGGCAAGUGCUGAAUUCUGCACCUGGGACGGGGCAACCCUGGCUGUGUGUCUAGACUGGGGAAUGAGAUGCUGGAAAGCAGCACUGUGGAAAGGGACCUGGGGGUGC